CCGGCCGAGCUGCGGCCACGGCGCCGCCUGAGGGGAUCGCCCCGCUGGGCGGGACGGGCGCGGCUGCUCCUGCGCACCGCCUGCCGGAAGUCCGCCGUCGCCCCGCCCACCCGUUCGCCAAGAUGGCUGCGUCUACAGCUCGCUUAGCGGCUCGGCGGCUUUUCCUGCCUUGGUCCACUCGCCUGGUCCGAGCGUCCGGCUCGGGGGACCGGUGUGUGCACGUUGGAACAGGCAGGCUCAGAGCUUCCCAAGCAGCAACAGAAGUAAUUUUAAAUGUUCCUGAAACUAGGGUCAGUCCUCUGGAAAAUGGCUUGCAAGUUGCUUCUGAAGACUCUGGACUCUCAACAUGCACAGUUGGACUUUGGAUUGAUGCUGGCAGCAGGUAUGAAAAUGAGAAGAACAAUGGAACUGCUCACUUCCUUGAGCAUAUGGCUUUCAAGGGAACAAAAAAGAGAUCUCAGUUAGACCUUGAACUAGAGAUUGAGAACAUGGGAGCUCAUCUGAAUGCAUAUACAUCCAGGGAACAAACCGUGUAUUAUGCAAAGGCUUUUUCAAAAGAUUUACCAAGAGCUGUGGAAAUUCUUGCUGACAUAAUUCAGAACAGUACCCUGGGAGAAGCAGAGAUUGAACGUGAGCGAGGAGUUAUACUUCGAGAGAUGCAAGAGGUUGAAACCAAUUUGCAAGAAGUUGUCUUUGAUUACCUUCAUGCUACAGCCUAUCAGGACACAGCCCUGGGACGGACAAUUUUAGGACCCACUGAAAACAUCAAAUCCAUAAACCGUAAUGACUUGGUGGAGUACAUCACAACACAUUACAAAGGACCCAGAAUGGUCCUAGCUGCUGCUGGAGGGGUCUCUCAUGAUGAGCUACUGGACCUAGCAAAGUGCCAUUUUGGUAACUUGCCGUCUGCUCCAGAAGGAGGACUGCCGCCCCUGCCGCCUUGUAGCUUCACAGGCAGUGAGAUUCGUAUAAGAGAUGACAAGAUGCCACUGGCGCACCUGGCGAUAGCUGUUGAAGCGGCUGGCUGGUCGCACCCAGAUACAAUCCCCCUCAUGGUAGCGAAUACUCUGAUAGGCAACUGGGAUCGUUCCCUCGGAGGAGGCGUGCAGAAUUUAUCCAGCAAACUUGCUCAGGUUGCCUGCCAUGGGAACCUGUGUCACAGUUUCCAGUCCUUCAACACCUGCUACACCGAUACAGGGCUGUGGGGACUCUAUAUGGUCUGUGAGCCAUCCACUAUACAAGACAUGGUGCACUUUGUUCAGAGAGAAUGGAUAAGACUUUGCACAAGCGUUACAGAAAAUGAAGUAGCUCGAGCGAAAAACCUUCUCAAGACAAAUAUGCUGCUACAACUUGAUGGGUCGACGCCAAUCUGUGAAGACAUUGGAAGACAAAUGUUGUGUUAUAAGCGCCGAAUCCCAAUUCCAGAACUUGAGGCAAGAAUAGAAGCUAUUGAUGCUCAGACUAUUAGAGAAGUUUGCACAAAGUACAUCUGUGAUAAGCAUCCUGCAGUUGCUGCCGUGGGUCCCGUUGAACAACUUCCGGAGUAUAACAAAAUCUGCAAGGGCAUGUGUUUGCUUCGUGAGUAGUGACUAACAGGAACUUGCAGUAUGUUUGAGCUCUAAAAAUCAAACCAACCAAUGCACCCCUAUUUAAAACUUUUGAGUUGGAGAAAUGCAUUUGAGAAAAUUAAAUCUCGAGAACCAGA